AUGGAGUCAUGGCGCCAUGGUGAUGGUGAUGGUGGUCUCUCAACUCUCAACUCUCAAGUCUCAACUCAAACCGUUUGGGUAUGGGAGCAUGCGAAGGGAAAGGGGGAAACAGGGGAAGGGGAUGGAGGAACUGUUUUCCUAAAGUCAGUUGAUGCUUCUCAUGUCUCGAAAAUUGCUGAUGCUUUGUUUAAGUUGCUUAGGGAUCUUGUGUUAUUUGUUGGUCCUGAGAAUGUUGUACAUGUAGUGACAAAUAAUGCUGCAAAUUACAUUGCUGCUGGAAGGUUGUUGGAAUCGGAGUUUCCUAGAUUGUAUUGGUCUCCUUCUGUAGCACAUUGUGUUAAUAUGAUGUUGCAGGAUAUUUGGAAGUUAGAGGAAAUGACUGAAAUUGUGUCACAAGCUUCAAUGAUUAUGAAGUAUAUCUAUAAUCAUUACCAUCCUUUGUACUUGAUGAGAAACUUCACUGGCAGACAAAAAAUACUUCGUCCAGCUCUAACUCGAUUUGCCAUUAAUUUCAUUGCUUUGCAAAGUAUUUUGGCUAAAAAUGAUGCAUUGAGAGCUAUGGUGACAUCUAGAAAAUGGACAAGCUCAGCUUACUCUAAAGAAGCCAAAGCCAAAAAUGAAGAUAGAGCUGCAAUGGGUUUCCUUUAUCAAGUUAUUUAUAAGGCUAUGGAAGAGAUAGUGAAGAUGUUUCAAAAAAGAAAGAAGGUUGUUGAUCCUUAUUUAAAGAUUUUAGAUUCACGUUGCGGUUCACAACUUCGAAAAAACCUUCAUGCUACUGGUUAUUGGUUAAAUCCAGCUUUUCGAUUUAAUGCUGGUGAAUUUGAAAAGCACAAGCAAACAACUUCUGGCCUACUAGAUGUCAUUGAGAGAUAUGCUUACGAUGAUGCAGAUUUAAAUUCUAAAUUGACAAAUGAGAUGAGAAUAUUUAAGAAUGCUAAAGGAUACUUUGGAAGACAGUCUACAAUACGCGAGCGACGUACAGUGAUGCCUGAUCAAUUGAAUCUGAAAGAUGAUCGAGAUGAUGAUGAAGCUAAUAAUAAUUCUAUGAAAAAUGCAAAUCAGAAUGAAAUUAAUCAGGAUGUAGCUCCAGAUUUGUCAGAUGAAGAAAGAUAUCCAGACUUUGAAAUUACUCAUUGGAUAUAA